GCUAGCGAAGUAAACAAAUAUCGCCACCACCACGCGUUCGUCUCGUCGUCGCCUUCAGUAAUUGUUUUGAUGUAAAACGUUCUGGUUUUUAAAAUAUUAGUGCUCUCUUCUAUACCGGCUUUUAAUGCGGUUUCGUUUUAGUUAAUGUUAAUUAUUUUAAGAACAAUAACCAAGUGUAGAGUGUGCAAAAAUAAAUAUAAAGUUUUACAUGAAUAAAAAGAAAAGAUGGACAGUGUAUAUCAUAUCUUAAGUAAAGAAAUAAAUAUCGAUAGCGAACGUCAGCGUUAUACCAAGCUUUACGAUCUCAUAAGAAAAACAAUUUUGGAUGGAUUGAAAAAAAACGAUAACUUCAAAACAUUGUUUAGCAAUGAGAAGCUUUGUGGUAGUUACGCAGAUAAUUUAAAAGUUUCUAAGCCCAAUGAAUUUGACAUUGUUAUCCGAUUGGAAUUUCCAUCAAAAGACUACAUCAAUAUUUAUCCGGACAAUAUCAACAAAGGCAAUGUCUUCAUUGACUUGACAGGUGUCUUAACUAGUCUACGACGAGAUGUCCCAAAAGAAAAUAAUAUGCACAUAUUCCUCAGUAAAUUGAUCAACACUGAUGGUUUAUUUUUAGAAAACAAAUUUCAACAAUGGUUUCAGAGCCUCAUGACUGAAGUUUUAAAUAAGCUCAAUAGUACAAUAACUCAUGAAGAUGAGGAAUAUAAAUUAAAAUACCGCCGAGAAGGUCCAGCUCAUAAUAUUGUAGUACAAAAUAUUAAAGAAAAUACACCUUUAUUUUCGAUUGAUUUUGUUCCCGGGUUUGUUUUUCCAAUAGAAAAAUCUGUUUCAUCAAGAGUUCCAUGCUCAAAACUUUGGGAAGCCAUACCAAGACCAUUGAAAGCAGCGGGUAAUAGUGUUCAAAUAAAUAAUAAUCCAUCCUUUAGAACGUCCUAUACUGAUUCGGAAAGAGUUCUGAUUGCUGGCAAGAAUCAAAUGAAAAAUGCUUUGAGACUCUUGAAGAAGUAUCGUGAUCUUCGAACGAAUAUGAAGCAUUUGAAGAGCUAUUAUAUCAAAACUCUGUUUCUUUGGAUAAAUGAAGACUGUGAUAAAUCAUUUUGGAACAGACCUAUUUUUGAAGUAAUGCUUGUGGUUUUUCAAAGACUUGAGGAAUCACUUCUAGAUGGAAAAAUACAAUUCUUUUGGCAUAAGGAGUUAAAUUUGUUACAAACCGUGAAAUCUUCACAAAUAAAAGUGAUGCAUUGUGAAGUUAGCAAAGCAAGACGAAUUUUAGAGAAGGCUUCGAAACAGGAUAUACUUGAUCUCUUUUUGUCAGCCGAAGAACAAACCAGAAUCACAAAGAAAGAAAUGACUAUUUUAUCAGAUAAUCUGGAAGAAUUCAAAGAGCUUAACCGGAAGCCAUUUUACAUCUACAUUUCUUUCUAUGCACUUGUCUUAGGAAUUCAAAUAUUUAGAGUAUUAAGAAAACAAACAUUCAUAUAAUAUUAAUAAUUUGUGUACGUUUGUAAGAAUAUUUAAAUUAUUAUAUAAUAUUAUAAUUUAUGUCGUUCAUUAAUUCGGAUAUUUAAAUAUUUUCAUUAAAACACAAUGAACAUC